CAUGUGACUAUCGGUAGCCAACUCCACCGUCCCUGUGCAUACUGCAAUACUGCAUUGUCAUCUCUCUCCCCUUUCUUGCCUAUUAAAGACACUUACUUCUCGACAAAGCUCCACUUUCAUGGCUUUCUCAUUAGCACCCUAAUCCCCAUCUCAUCCAUUCAAUAAUCCCUCGUCAAAGCUCGAAUCCACAGGUUCUCUCUCACUCAGUCUACUUGAUUUCUUUAACUUUCUAUCUCAUUCUCUCAUUUUCUAUUUUAAUACAUUUAUGCAGAUUUAUCGCUUGGAGCUUUCUCUUUGUUUCAUUUCCAGAUCUAACUCCUGCAUUUUGUCUCCAUCUUCUUCUUCUUAGUUUAAUGAUCUAGAAAAGUGCUGAUUGCGCCUUUCUCUUUGUCACUCUCCCAACCCAUUGAUCUCGUUAAUUGCCCUUGAAUAGGAUUUUUAAUUACCAAAAUGCGUCGGUUCUUGCCUUCUGUUUUUCUCUGCUUCUCCCUCACAGUGUUGGUUUCAUGCCGUACUGGUUUUGGGGAACCGAUAACGUGCUCGGGAAUAGUUCCGAUGAGGUAUAGGUGGGACCGUAUAUCGAUUACUGACUUUGGCGGUGUCGGUGACGGGAAGACGCUGAACACGAAGGCUUUCAGGGCAGCGAUAUACAGGAUUCAGCACAUGAGGAGGAGAGGUGGAACGCUUCUUUACAUACCUCCAGGGGUGUACUUAACGGAGAGCUUUAACUUGACCAGUCACAUGACUCUCUAUUUGGCUAGAGGUGCUGUCAUCAGAGCCACUCAGGACACUCAAACUUGGCCUCUAAUUGCCCCAUUACCAUCUUAUGGGAGGGGUAGAGAGCGCCCAGGCGGAAGGUACAUGAGCUUUAUUCAUGGAGAUGGACUUCGUGAUGUCAUCAUCACCGGUGAGAAUGGGACAAUUGAUGGCCAAGGAGAUGUAUGGUGGAACAUGUGGAAACAGAGAACUCUCCUAUAUACAAGGCCAAAUCUCAUUGAAUUGAAGAAUUCAAAGAGCAUAAUAAUCAACAAUGUCAUUUUCCAAAAUUCUCCUUUCUGGAACAUUCACCCUGUUUACUGCAGCAACGUUGUUAUCCGAUACGUAACCAUUUUGGCCCCUGCGGACUCUCCCAAUACCGAUGGAAUUGAUCCAGAUUCAAGCUCGAAUGUCUGCAUAGAGGACUCAUAUAUUUCUACGGGAGAUGAUCUGGUAGCAGUGAAGAGUGGAUGGGACGAAUAUGGGAUUGCUUAUGGUCUCCCUAGCUCCAGCAUCACCAUCCGGCGAAUAACAGGUUCAUCCCCAUAUGCUGGAAUUGCAAUUGGAAGUGAAACUUCUGGUGGGGUACAGAAUAUCUUGGCAGAAAAUAUCAACCUUUACAACAUGGGUAUUGGCAUUCAUGUUAAGACAAACAUUGGUAGAGGAGGAUUCAUAAGAAACAUCACUUUCUCUAAUGUGUAUAUGGAAAAUGUGGGGAAGGGGAUCAAAAUUGCAGGUGAUGUCGGUGACCACGCCGACGACAACUUCAACCCAAAUGCUCUCCCUGUUGUUAAAGACAUUACAUUGAAGAGUAUUUGGGGAUUGAACAUUCAACAGCCGGGUUCAAUACAAGGUCUGAAGGAUUCCCCUUUUAUUGGGAUAUGCCUCUCUAACAUCCACCUUCAUGGUGUAUCCGGAUCAAAAUAUACUCCAUGGCAGUGCUCAGCCGUCAGUGGAGCUGCGCUCCAAGUGAGUCCGUGGCCAUGCUCAGAAUUAACGUCCGCCUCUCAGGAGAGUGUAUGUUCCCAAUUCUCAUAAAUUCUGAGAUUCAUGUAACUUUAUAUUUAUUUAUGAUAUACUAUUAAAGCUUGAGUUUUCAAUUUGCGCAGUGAACUUGUCCUCAAUCAAGGGCAACUAAGUCAGUCCCACUUUUUUUUCCCCUUAGUAAGGAAUUUAAUGUGUAAGAGCUUGACCUUGA